GCCGGACAGGACGAAGGGGGGCGUUUCAGUCUGACACCGCGCUGAGACGCCGCCCGCCGGACUGAAGCAAACCCCUAUCCGCCGGAGAUUCGGGAGCAGCUGCUACCUGGGAUCGGCUUGCAGGUUCCGCUCGGCUGUGAACGCGAUACCCGCUCAGAGUAUAGGAUGGUCAUCCCUCCUACCUAUGCUGACCUUGGCCAGUUGGCUAAAGAUGUUUUCUCCAAGGGAUACGGAUUUGGGCUCUUCAAGUUGGAUUUGAAAACAGAGUCAGAGAAUGGACUGCAAUUCACCACCUCUGGCUCUGCCAACACAGAGAGCAGGAAGGUGACAGGUAGCCUAGAGACCAAGUAUAAAUGGGCUGAGCAUGGGCUCACCUUCACUGAGAGGUGGAACACGGACAACACCCUGGGCACGGAGAUCACCCUGGAGGACCAGCCGGCUAAAGGACUGAAGCUCACUUUUGACUCGUCCUUUUCGCCAAUUACUGGGAAAAAGAUCGGUAAGGUGAAGACCGGCUAUAGCCGGGAGUACGUUAACCUGGGUUGUGAUGUGGAUUACGACAUCAACGGGACCUCGGUGCACGGCUCGGCCGUGGUUGCCGUAGAGGGCUGGCUGGCUGGCUACCAGACGACGUUUGAGGUGGGGAGGAACCGCGUCACUCAGAGCAACUUCGCAGUGGGAUACAUGAGUGACGAGUUUCAGCUGCACACUAACGUGAACGAUGGUACAGAAUUUGGAGGCUCCAUCUACCAGAAAGUGAAUGAGCGCUUGGAAACGGCCAUCAGCCUGGCGUGGACUGCGGGGAACAGCAACACGCAUUUUGGAAUCGCAGCUAAAUAUCAGAUUGACGACACAGCCUCUUUCUCGGCCAAAGCGACCAACUCCAGUCUUGUAGGUCUGGGAUAUGCUCAAACCCUGAAGCCAGGCAUUAAACUUAGUCUUUCUGCACUCCUGGAUGGCAAAAACAUCAAUGCUGGAGGACAUAAACUAGGCGUUGGCCUGGAAUUUGAAGCUUAAAAACAUGGAGCAGAAAAACACUGACCUGAAAAAUGUCUUUGAAUGGAAUACCCGACCAGUUAUUUCCCUUUGAGUUUGUAUCAUGCGGGAUUGAAUGCUGUACUGUUCAUUUCUGUUACGUGAUGAUCCGUCACUUUUAAAGUCAGACAACAAUUUGACAUUGUGGAAUUCUACAACCAAGCAAGCAAAGAAAUAAUAUGUGGUAGAGGAUAUGGAGAUACCUUUCAUAUGUUGAAAUUCUCUCUACUGUUAUGAGGACAAUUGGUGGAGCACCUAAGUGUUAUUACAUUGUUUCAGUUAAGCGUGUUUUAUUUUGUAAUCCUUAUAAAUUGAAGUAUUGUUGUUGCGAAAUUACAUUCUAACUAAAGAGUUCAGUUUUUCAUAUUGAACUAUGAGUUUUUUGCAUUUAUGCAUCUUUUGGGGUAAUUCCUUGUUACAUUCUCACUUAUUUUGUUCUGCGUCAUGCUGUCAUUUGCACUGUUCUUACACUGCAAUGUCUUCAGUAAGCUAGUCCAUCCUUACUUGAUUUUCUGUUGCUCUUGACAUUAACUGCAGAAGAUGAAGAAACAUGUGUCAUGACUGCAGUCCUGCUUUUUUUUUUUUUAUUUUUUUUUAAAACAAACCUUGGUUUAAAAAGGAAAUGUAACCAUCCAAACCUGAUGUUGAAAUUUGUAAAGAACAACAUUUAACUGUACUCACACGGGAACCUUAAUAAUAAAUUUUCCUGACUACUGCGAA